UAGGAUCCUGCGGGGCACGGCGGGCCGGGGGAAGGGUCUGGGGAGGUCGGGAGCGCGUCCGUGAGCCCGGAGCAGCUGCGGCGUCGGUGGCGUCGGGAGCGAGCCGGUCCGGGAGCGGCGCGGGUGGUGGAGGAGGAGGCAGGGUAAGCGGCGCUCGGUUCUCUAACCAUGGCACAGGUAGAGAAACGAGGGGGUUUGCUCAGGAAAUCUUCAGCCUACAAAAAACCACUGAAGGAAAAAGUGGUGCUGAUGUAUGAUGAGAUCUUCAUGACAGAGGACCCUAGUAAGUGCAGUCCUCGAUUUUGGGAGGAGCUCUUCCUUAUGAAGGUGAAUUUAGAGUACCUAGAAGGCAAGCUGGAAUCUCUUGAUGGUGAGGAGUUAAUGAAGAUCAAGGACAAUAUUAAUUGCUUAUUUCAACACUGCAUCCAGGCUCUGGGAGAGGAGCAUCCAAUUCGAGUGGUCAAUGCAUUGCAGACCUUGUGUGCACUCAUUCGAGGAGUCCAUCAAAAAAAUAAGUCUACCUCUGGGUUUGACAUUAUCAACAUGCUGAUGGGCUUUGACAAGGCGGAGCUGUGCAUGAAGAACUUGAUGGAGAGUUUGGAUUCAUUGCUUUGUGCAGAAGGUUCUGAAAGUCUGAAGAGCUUAUGUCUGAAACUUCUCCUCUGCUUAGUGACUGUGACAGAUAACAUCAGCCAGAACACUAUCCUGGAGUAUGUAAUGAUCAACAGCAUAUUUGAAGCAAUUUUACAGAUACUCUCCCACCCGCCAAGUCGUAGGGAACAUGGGUAUGAUGCUGUAGUCCUCUUGGCUUUGCUGGUGAACUACAGAAAAUAUGAGUCUGUGAAUCCUUAUAUUGUGAAGCUGUCUAUUGUGGAUGAUGAAGCCACGCUCAAUGGAAUGGGGCUUGUGAUUGCUCAAGCUUUAUCUGAGUAUAACAGGCAGUAUAAAGACAAGGAAGAAGAACACCAGGGCGGUUUUUUCUCUGCUUUAACAAAUAUGGUGGGCAGCAUGUUCAUAGCAGAUGCCCAUGAGAAAAUCUCAGUGCAAACCAACGAGGCCAUCCUUCUGGCACUUUACGAAGCUGUUCAUUUAAAUCGCAACUUUAUCACAGUGUUAGCCCAGAGUCAUCCAGAAAUGGGCUUGGUGACAACCCCCGUCGGCCCUGCUCCAGCAACCCCAGCCACACCGCUGGGGACCACGCCGCCCUCCUCUGAUGUUAUAAGUUCUGUGGAACUCCCACUGGAUGCAGAUGUACAGACCAGUAAUCUACUGAUAACCUUCUUAAAGUAUAGCUCGAUUGUCAUGCAGGACACCAAAGAUGAGCACCGGCUUCACAGCGGCAAACUCUGUCUGAUUAUCCUUACGUGUAUUGCAGAGGAUCAGUAUGCCAAUGCAUUUUUGCAUGAUGACAACAUGAAUUUUCGAGUAAACUUACAUAGAAUGCCUAUGAGACACAGGAAGAAGGCAGCAGACAAGAACCUUCCCUGUCGUCCUUUGGUAUGUGCAGUACUGGACCUGAUGGUAGAGUUUAUUGUAACACACAUGAUGAAGGAGUUUCCUAUGGAUCUCUAUGUGCGCUGCAUUCAGGUAGUACAUAAACUACUUUGCUAUCAGAAGAAGUGUAGAGUACGCCUGCAUUAUACCUGGCGGGAGCUCUGGUCAGCCUUGAUAAAUUUGCUGAAGUUCCUUAUGUCAAAUGAGACCGUACUUUUGGCCAAACACAACAUUUUUACCUUAGCCCUUAUGAUUGUGAACCUAUUUAAUAUGUUUAUCACAUAUGGCGAUACAUUCCUGCCCACCCCCAGUAGUUAUGAUGAACUCUACUAUGAGAUUAUCCGCAUGCACCAGAGCUUUGACAACCUGUACUCCAUGGUCCUGAGGCUUUCUACCAAUGCAGGCCAGUGGAAAGAAGCAGCUAGCAAGGUGACCCACGCGUUGGUUAAUAUCAGAGCCAUCAUCAACCACUUUAACCCCAAAAUUGAAUCCUACGCUGCUGUGAAUCACAUAUCCCAACUGUCGGAGGAGCAGGUGCUAGAGGUAGUGCGAGCCAAUUACGACACGCUCACACUGAAGCUGCAAGAUGGCCUGGACCAGUAUGAGCGCUACUCCGAGCAGCACAAGGAAGCCGCCUUCUUCAAAGAGCUGGUUCGAUCCAUUAGCACCAACGUCCGGAGGAACCUGGCCUUCCACACACUCAGCCAGGAAGUCCUGCUCAAGGAAUUCUCCACUAUCUCCUGAGGCUGCCAUGCAUACCUGGGCAGCCACUGACUGCCCUUACCCAUGAGGCUUCCUGGGCUGGAGGCGGGGGCGAGGGGAGAGGGCCUGUUCCCAAAGCUGGAGAAAAACACAGAUACCGAGGUCUUUCGGUGAAGGCCGCACUUCAGUGGAGCUCGGACAGCAGGGGCCAGGAUGGGCAAGCCAAAGAUAAUCUUAUUUGGGGAGAGGAUGGGUGGGCACAGGGAGACACCUUCAGAAAUGUGGGGACUUCCAGGGUGGGCUCUCUGAACAACCCCUCAUAUUUCCAAUUGAGAUUACAAGUUGUGGCUACUGACUAAUUUUCAGGAGCUGUUGGGUAAGCCUUAGGGUGAUGCCAACACCUGGAGGGGUCAGUGGUUCUCCUAGGCUUCUGAAAACAGACUAACUCUCAGAUGUAGGGGGAGCCAGUUCUGCUUCCUUUGUGCCCAGAAAUCUGUGUCCCCUGCCCCCACCGGCACUUGACCCUUAGCUCAGGCUUAGGGUGGGGUAGGAAUGGGAUACGUUUUUUCUAUUUUCUGAAUCCAGAGCUGACUCCUCUGCUGUCUGACCACCACUUUGUGGAUUUGAUUCUUGGCAACAGGAGUACCUGUUUGCGUUGCCCUGCCUUCCAGCCCAUUGACUCGUAAGCACUACAGGGUCACCACCUUAGCUUUUCAUUUUCAAUCUGGUUUAAAUUGUCUUUAGGGUGUGUGUGUGAAAUAAACAUGGACAGGUUUUCUGGA